AUGAAAAACAUAUUGUAUAAUCGAUUAUACUGUCGCCAAAUCGUUAAUGUAACUCGACUAGGCUUUGUAUUUAACUAAAAAGCGUUUGAAUUUAUGCUGUUUUAAUAUGCUGUUAUACACAGAGUCACGAAGCUGGGGUUAUGCCGACUGGCAGUGGAGAUCUGCGAAAUCGUAAAGGGAAGAAGGUGGCGUAUGAACCAAAUCCCAAAAGAAGGACUCGCAUUGACAGGGACUUCCAGAAGCGCAUGAGUCGUUUGGUUAAAGAAUGGCAUACUAGAACAAAGAUACCAGUUCUACUUUUAACUUUCAAAAAAAAUGCGGUGUGGUAUGAUUGUUCAAAAGGCCUUGACAGAUUUGCCAAAAGUCCAAUUGUCCAGCAAGAAUUUGUCAGACACUGCAUUAAUACAGUGAACAAAAACCAAGAAAAAGCAGAAAAGCCACAGAAAAAAGAUGUCGAUUUCCCUGUUGGAGAAGAAACCAACUAUGAGGAGUUCACUGUGCCUGCAUUAAGGAAAAUGGUGUCAUUAGCCAUUAAGUUGGAUGGACGGAAAACAUCUAAGUGGAAUGAUCCAACCAUGAAGCCAUCAUGGUGGCCAGAAGAUGUUGCAUACAGGAAUGUGAACUGGGGAAAAGACAAGCCGCAUUUUGAUGAGUUAGUCAAAAUAAUGGAAGCAUUUAAUGAUGAUUAUUGUUGCAUCAGUAGUAGUAGUAGGAAUAUUCAUAGAGUUGAAAGUGGUUCAGAGAGUGGUCAAAGUGAUGGUGGUGGUAGUGAUGAUGAUAAUAGAGGAGGUGAUGCUGGUGAUGAUAAUAAUUAUGGUGAUGAUAGAAGAGGUAGUGAUAAUGGUGAUGAUAAUUAUGAUGGUGAUGAUAGAAGAGGUAGUGAUGAUGGUGAUGAUAAUUAUGAUGGUGAUGAUAGAAGAGGUAGUGAUGGUGAUGAUAAUUAUGAUGGUGAUGAUAGAAGAGGUAGUGAUGAUGGUGAUGGUUGUGCUGACUUUAAUAAUGGUAGUCGAGGAUUUGGUGUGGUGGUCCACUUGGCAACCAAGAGUGUGUGGAAGGAGGAGGUCCAUCAGAAAUUGCUGGUGCAAAGGAAGAUGUUGACGUGA